UUGAAAAACACCUGUUCCUAAUAAAACCCCAGAACUGAACAAAGGAGAAGAAAUUAAUUAUUACAAAAAAAACUGCAAAAAUGCGAGAAACGGAAAUCUCAGAAGAACCAAAAUCAAAGAACUUGAGCCAUGGCGCUAAAUUCAUGCAGCCCCUAUCACCUGGUUUCCUCAAUACCUUCUCAAUUCCAGAAUCAUUUCUAGACCGAUUUAAGGCGGACGGUUAUGAACCGGAGAUCAUGGUGUUGGUGGUUGAUGAUAAGCGUAAUUGGCCCGUAAAACUCAAAGGCGGCCGCCAUUUCGGGGAUGGUUGGAAGGAAUUUGCUGUCCACAAUGAUUUGGGUGUGGGUGAUUUUCUGGUAUUUACCCAUGUUUUCAAUUUCAUCUUCAAUGUCACUGUUUAUGAUCCCACUACCGCCUCUGCGCGCCAAUAUUCUCCAUUCUCUAAUGACUCUAAUUUUGAAGGGACUCAAAAGACGGACGGAUUAAACUUCAAUGAUAGAUUUACUCAUAAAAGAAACCCAGUGGAAGAUGAUGCUGCAACGGCGCAAGUACCAUCAGUGGAAUCCCAGUAUCCAAGCUGCCGUGUCACUCUCUGUCCUUCUGGUUUUAAGAAUUCCCAGGCUAAUUUCCCAAAGGAGUUUAUAAGGUCAACUGGUCUAUUUAGAAGAUGCUGUUACAUGAAGCUCGUAGAUGGAGAAGGGAAGACUUGGAAAGUGAAGCUAAAUAGCAAGAAAAGAAGUGGUCAAUCAUAUAUUGGGGAAGGAUGGAAAGAUUUUCAGGUUGCUAAAAGUCUUAAGCCUGGAGACGUCAUAAUCUUUCAGAUGCUUAAAAAUGGGGAAAGGCCGGUCUUAAAAUGCUAUAGGUUAUGCAGCCGGAAAAGGCAUAGAGGAUGACAUUACUUUCCUUCAAUAGUGGCUCUCCCUCAAUUCUGUCUGUGAAGUAUUAUGAAAGAUUGAAGAGCUUCUGAUAUUAGGAAAGUAAAUGUAUGUAUAUAAUCUGGGUACUGCUUCAAUGCUUUCUUUGCUUUUGUGGAUGUUUUGUUUUUUCUAUAUAAACAUAUAACAGGAUCUUUUAUGCUAUACUAUUUGUUUGCAAGCUCAA